CGGCUCCCUUGAGCUCGUUCCGGACGCGCGCCCGGGCGGCGGGGCUCCGCGGCCGCCGCUGCCUCGGGGGAGCGAGGGCGGAGGGUGUGUGUGCGCGCGUGUGAGCAGGGCGCCGGCGGGGCUGCAGCGAGGCACUUCGGAAGAAUGACUCUGGAGUCCAUCAUGGCGUGCUGCCUGAGCGAGGAGGCCAAGGAAGCCCGGAGGAUCAACGACGAGAUCGAGCGGCAGCUGCGCAGGGACAAGCGCGAUGCCCGUCGGGAGCUCAAGCUGCUGCUGCUGGGGACAGGAGAGAGUGGCAAGAGUACCUUCAUCAAGCAGAUGAGGAUAAUCCAUGGGUCCGGAUACUCUGAUGAAGACAAGAGGGGCUUUACCAAACUGGUGUAUCAGAACAUCUUCACAGCCAUGCAGGCCAUGAUCAGAGCUAUGGACACUCUCAAGAUUCCGUACAAAUAUGAACAUAAUAAGGCUCAUGCACAAUUAGUCCGAGAGGUUGAUGUGGAGAAGGUGUCUGCUUUUGAGAAUCCAUAUGUAGAUGCAAUAAAGAGCUUGUGGAAUGAUCCUGGAAUCCAGGAGUGCUAUGACAGACGACGAGAGUAUCAGUUAUCCGACUCUACCAAAUACUAUCUGAAUGACUUGGAUCGUGUAGCCGACCCUUCCUAUCUGCCUACACAACAAGAUGUGCUUAGAGUUCGAGUCCCCACCACAGGGAUCAUCGAAUACCCCUUUGACUUACAAAGUGUCAUUUUCAGAAUGGUUGACGUAGGGGGCCAAAGAUCAGAGAGAAGAAAAUGGAUACACUGCUUUGAAAAUGUCACCUCGAUCAUGUUUCUAGUAGCGCUUAGUGAAUACGAUCAAGUUCUUGUGGAGUCAGACAAUGAGAACCGAAUGGAGGAGAGCAAAGCACUCUUUAGAACAAUUAUCACAUAUCCCUGGUUCCAGAACUCCUCUGUUAUUCUGUUCUUAAACAAGAAAGAUCUUCUAGAGGAGAAAAUUAUGUAUUCCCACCUAGUCGACUACUUCCCAGAAUAUGAUGGACCCCAGAGAGAUGCCCAGGCAGCUCGAGAAUUCAUCCUGAAGAUGUUCGUGGACCUGAACCCUGACAGUGACAAAAUUAUCUACUCCCACUUCACAUGCGCCACAGACACCGAGAACAUCCGCUUUGUCUUUGCUGCCGUCAAGGACACCAUCCUACAGCUGAACCUGAAGGAGUACAAUCUGGUCUAACUGCCUCCCAGAAACCAUUCUUCCCUUCCCUGUGGGCUGUUGAAGAUAACCAAGAAGGACUGUAUUUCUGUGGAAAACAAUUUGCAUAAUACUAAUUUAUUGCCGUCCUGGACUCUGUGAGUGUGUCCACAGAGCUGUAGUAAAUAUUAUGAUUAUGAUUUUAUUUAAACUAUUCAGAGGAAACAGAAUGCUGAAGUACAGUCCCAGCUCAUUUCCUCUCAGUCUUUCUCUCUCUCUCUCUCUCUCUCUCUCUCUCUCUCUCUCUCUCUCUCUCUCUCUCUCCAAACCUUGUGACUCAAUGUACUUUAAAUUUUCAGUUAUUCACUCACAAUAUAAAAGCACUCGUGCCAUUUUGUUCUCUCCCUCCCUCCCUCCCUCCCUCCCUCCCUCCCUCCCUCUCUCUCCAUUCCUUUCCUUCUCCCUCAUCCCCUUUCCUAUUGACCAAAACACAGCUGAUUUUUCUUCUUCCUGCUCCAUACCUCCCUGCUGAUUUUUUUUUCUCUCAUAUUACAAUGGCCUUUACCCUAGUUCCAUUCUUGGUCAAGUUUCUUUCUCGAGUGAUGCAGUCAGGACAGUGUCAUUCGAUUGAAGUCGUCUUACAUUAGCUUCAUUUAACAGUGGUUAUGCUGAAGGCGUGUAUUACUACUAUGAUUUUAAAUGUAUCUCUGGAUGCACAUCACAUCUAGUAUUUCUUUUUCAAUACAUACAUAUAUGUGUAAUAUAUAUAUAUAUAUAUAUAUAUUGUCUUGUCUCACUUGGACUAGGACAGUGGGUGCCCAUUGAUGAUUAAGAGUCAUAUAUUUUGGAUGCAGACCUCCAGCCAUAGCUGGGUUGGUCAGAGGAUGCCUGGAAGUCAGAGUGUGUGGGUACAGGCUGUAAAGGGGUCCUUACUUCUACAAUCCGUGUGCCAUGUCCUUCCUCUCUUCUUGCUCCCUUUUAUUUCUCUUUAGGUUCUUUACCCUCUGUAAACCACAGAUGCCAAAUGAUAUGCCAACAGACACUACAUUCCCCAGCAGCUGCUGCCAGAGCCCUCUUGUAGCUUCUUCAUUUUCUGUUUGUUUCCAGUUUUCUUUCCCUCCUGCCCACUUUGUGUUUGGGCCAUAAUUUUAAGAUAAUUUUUGCUAUGGGUAUGUGUUGCCAAAGCCAGAUUUUUAUAAGACAAAAUAAAUUAAUUUAAACAGUAAAAGCCAGUGUCUCAAAAUGUAAGCAUUAAGACAGCACAGUGAGAUGAGAGCGGGGUGUGCACCGGAAGCAUGCAUUGCCAAACAGUUGCUAACUGAACUGCUGCUCAUGGUCCGUUCUUUCCUUUGCCCUUUAAGGUCAGUGCCAGUGUCCAGAUGAGCAGUAUAGAAAAUACCCUUUGUGGUCUGUAGUGAGAUCUGCUCAUAUCUCUCUACUGGCACCAGUGUUAUUAGCUCUUUAUGUUCUUUCAGUUUGAGUGAGUCUGCCAAGAACACUGGUUGAUAGCAUUAUCCUAUAACCUUUGAUUUGAAAAAAAAAAAAAAGUGAGCUUGUUUUACCACUUUCGGGUUCUUCUUGAACUGGUCACUUGAACUUAAGGAAGAUUUGUGGAUUUACCCAAAAGUCACCACUCAGUGUUCUGUCAAGCAUAUAUUUAUGCAAUGAUCAUACUAGGAGAGAUGUUUGGAAUUCUCCAUGUGCAAUUUGUCAGCAGAUGCAAACAGUGCUGCACAUGUGUGAGUGAGCCUGUCAAGCAGCCCACAUUGCUAUGUGAUUUAAGUAGAUCACGAUUGCUCUGAGGCUGCCGGGAAGUUAGGCCACAAUGCUAGUCUCAUUAGUGCGUGGCACUAAGUCUAAACUUCCAUAUCAAUCACUUUUCUUGAAUAACAAAGGGGGGUGAGAGUGAACAGCUUACUAUAUGAGCACUGAAAUUGCUGACUCGUAAUGAAGUGUUCUCAUGCUUUCCUCUCCCGUCCCCAAACAACACAGCUUACUUUUUUAUCCCUUGCUCUAGAAAGCACCUGUAAUUUAAUUAACAGACUGCCUGUAGGUAUAGUGCAAUUCUGAAUGUUCUGAUCGUUGUACAUACAUCUCUCUUGAUAUUGCAGCAUCCAUACUGGCUUUGUAAUCAUUAAUUUUUUGGCAGGUUGAAUGUGCUGUAUUGAUAUGUAUCUAUGUAAUUGUAUUGUAUGUCUUGUAGCUAAUUCACAUUUUGAAUAAUGUUAUUUUAUUUACUUUUUUAAGAGAGGAGAAUGUAAAUUUGUCAGUUUAUUUCUGACUAGGGAUAUUUUUUUCCAUUUAGAAAAGAAGAAAAAAAAACCCUUACUAUCUAUCGUACAGAGCGGUACUAGCAUCGUGCUGUCUAAAAUCAUUUGCACAUUCCUGAGUAGAGGUGUGCUGACCUAAGACCCAAAGGUAAUUUCAUAGCAAAUACACAACAUCCGUCAGAGCUUUUAUACAAACACGGAGACCAACUUUGUAGACCUUUUGCCAUUUGACCUGGGGUUGGAAUAUGAGCUUUUAUACGAUUCAUAUUCUUAUUUGGCAAAUGCACAGUUUAGCAUUACCUCUCUGGUGGCCUUUAUUAGAAAGGCAGUUUUAGAAGCUAUUGUGAUCCACUAAGGAGAUGUUUUAUCAGCUAGCAAUCACUGCUUGCCUGAAAGGGCAACCUUAAAUUUGGUGCAGCAAAAACAAACAAACAAAAAAAAACAAAACAAAAAAAGAAAAAAAAGAAAAAGGCAGAAAAAGAAAAAAGUAACAUUUGAUGGCCUACAGUGUAUAGAGAAAACCUCAUCAGGAUCGUAAGUGUUACCAGUCCUAGGGGACCAUGCUGUUCAUUUAACAGAGCCGUAGUAGAUGUAGUUGAGUCAUCCUGAUCUCAAGCUCAGAGCUGCUGAGCAAAGCAGGGGAAGGCCGCCACCGCCGCGUUGUCUUUGUGAAUUGGAGAUGGAGCUUGCUAUGCAGAAUUGAAGUUUGUGGCUUCACUGCUCAUCCUGGGGUGCAUGACAGGAUCCCUUCUUUUGAGAAAGGAAAACAUUGAUCACCCUAGUCACAGUGAUGCCUAGACACCUAAUUGUGUCCAUACUAGUCAAUGAAGCUAAAAAUAAUUUCUGUUGUUGUUUCUUGUUUGGGGUUUUGUUGAAGGGUGAGGGGCGGGAAGGGCUUCUCAGUUUUGUACAAAAACAAAGUUUACUCAUGCUCUCUCUUCUAUUGUUAUUGCAAGCGCUCUAAGCUGUGCCACUGACUCCUGUUGAUGCUCUAGACAGUGGAGGCUUGUUAUGAGUUUUAUGGUGACUUGGGCAUGUCUUAUUCAGAAGCAAAACACAGAACACAGAAACCUUUCCUCACCAGACCAAGGCGAGCACCCAUCUCAUGAGUCACUCAGCACAUCCCAGUGUGCCGUUUACAGAUGAUGUCACCCACAGGAAAUUCCUAGUUGUAAAUUGGAGAGUUAUAUUAUGCCUUACAGAGCUUAAUUCAGAAGUCUGUGCCUCAUAUCUGAAAUAAAGGGAAAAAACAGGCCCACAAAAAAGUCAGUAAGUCCUGUAGAAUCUGUUGGGUUUCCUUAGGAAGAGCUCUGUUGAACGUCCUGAGUAGCUGGCAAAUUCUUCUUAGGAGCCUGCAUAUGUCGUUUACUGGCAGGUGGCAUCUGCAGGCGACAUGUAAAGAAAACCUGGAACAUGGGGGCUUGGGGUUUUGUUUUUGUUUGUUUAAUUUAGAUUACAUUAGCAGGCCUAAUAGUUUUAAAAGGUAAUUCAGCCAAAGGGCAAUUUACUUUUUGUACUUCAGACUUAUAUUGAUUGUCAAGUUGUACGAAUUGUAAUUUAAAAAUUUAUACUGCCACAUGAUUGUAAAUUUUAGUUGUCUUAAGUGGGAGUUGGUGAAAAGCUGUUUAUGCUGGAUUUGGGUCAAAAUGACUUGAUUAUUUGCAAAAAAAAUAAAAUAAUAAUGGGAAGAAAGGGCUGCAUAAUAAGAUACUGCAAGACUCAGAUCUUGGUUGGAAAUUCCUCAGAUCCCUUCAGAUGAACCCCGAUGCCCCUUUGUUUUCAGUUUCUCAAAAGAACGAAUGAAGUAAAAUAUAGCAGAGUGUUAACCCAUAUAAAAAUAAAGUGUACCCAAAUAUUGUAAUGUAUAUUGCUGCUCUUCUUAAAAUUAAAUAAGGGUUUCAAGCCACUCGAGUGGUAAUUAACAGCACCUCAAUUGAUACAAAUAAGGUAUGCUUGGGCGUACAUUAAUAUUUUAUUCCAAAGAGAAAUCUUUGGUUAGAAACACAAAAAUGGAAGCUAACGAUGUGUGUUUAUCUGUCUUUGCACACUUCCAGCAUAUGCAGCGUUACUAGAUGCCCUGGCACUUGUAUCUUUGGGACUCCACUUGGGUUCUAGACAACAAGGAGAAAUAAACGGCUUAGUAGUGUGGGAUGCGGCAGAGGUUUGGGAAGCCAGACACGUGCCAUUUCACAGAUAGCUUGCUGAGCCUCUCCAUCUGUCUUUCUCACAAUAUGCUGUCUCCUGCUAUGUCCCCGCCACCACCACCCUUCCAUUGUGUUCUUGCUUCUAGAAUCAUCUGUUCAGAGUAAGCAUACACACCUGAUGCGCAGUAGGUGCUCAGGCAUUAUGUACCUCCUUUUCACAUCUGCCAUGGAGCUUCCAUUGCCAUAAAAUUUGAACCCAAUGAUUAAUAACAUUUACAUGUUACAAAAACAGCUCUUUUGUAAAAUUGGAUCUUGCAUAGAUAAAGGAAUUCUGGCUUUCAGAGAAGCCUUGAUAGGAAGAAAAUACAGGAAGGGAGAUCGUUCGUUGAGCUAUUUCUAGGGUUAGGAAAGAAAAUGGAAAAACACUGUGUAAGUUUGUCCAGGUCACUUUCAUUGAAACACAUUUCUGGCGGAUAUCCUCAAAGGACUGUAAUUGCAGCCUCUGGCUGGACACUCCGCAUCCACCCUCAUGUUGGAAGCCCUGACUAGAUCUGUGUACUUAGGGAGUUUUGUCAAAACCAUUUUUAACUUGCAGUAUUUAAAAAAUCAUAUUUACUGUUCUUAAAAUGUCAUUCAAAUGCAUGUAUUGUCUAUUGUUUGGGGGUGGGAACUAGUUUUGCAAAAAAAAAACAAAACACCUAAUGUUGUAUAAUAAUGCCCCAAUGAUCUUACUGGUUAAAAAUACAGUAUUUUUGGCCAUA